GUGGAAAUGCGAAUGCCACUUGCCAAAGAGAUGGUGACUGCUGCAAACAUUUGGUCUGCCUACCGCUUUAUGUUAACAAUAAAAGUGUCUGUGCUGGCAGUUGUUGUUAAACGCACGCAUGAUGCCAUACCUCGGAGGAUUAACUCCAGUGAGAACCUGCUGUGACGGGAGAGGGCAGGAUACGUUGAAAUGUGCUUUCUCUGUCAAAAUCGGUAAUCCUCGAGUGCAACACGUUGCGACUGCACGAAUGCUAUACAUCAUAACGUUUUUACAUCCAAACGCGCAAACUUCGCAUUGUAACAUUACGUUGUCUGCUUGUACUACUUGCAUCGAAGUGUUUCUCUCUCACACUAUAUCCUAUAUACUUGCGUUGAUUUUUAAAUCCAAGGUCAAGCUACUGGUAUUCUAUAUGCUACCGUCAAGCUCGAGUUCGGAGCAAUCCGCUAGCGCACCUAAAUUCAUAUGUCUCUGUAGCAAGCACAAUUUCGGUCGGCCCCAUACUAUUUCGAGAACAACAUCGUAUGAGCACCUUCAACAGGCCGAAACGAUGGAAGAGAAAACCAGAAUGCAGGCUCCGCGUCAUGAAAUAAAUGAAGCAGUUCCUUCUGCUACUCGUCGUGCUGCAAUAGCACAGGAACUCGCAAACGAUCCCGAGAGAUAUCUUAUGCUAAACGUGUUCGACAUCGGAAGCGCGCACGCAGUACGGUGCCGGACUUGCUACCUGAGGCUGAAGAGCACAUGGGCCACCCGCAAGUAGAUGAAGAUGCAAUAACUUUGGGCGAUGAUUUUGAGGUGAGGAAUGAUUUUACUAACUUGAUAGUCAAAUGAUUGCAGACGAGCGCGAGCACUUCCACCCCCAAGACGGCCGACUAAUUGCAGACGAGCGCGAGCCCCU